GACGUGCUUAACACUUCACUCUCGCUGCGGCGGAGGAUCUUCCCUUUCUCCUUUAGCCGUUGCUUUCUGGAAGUGUGGGCGGGGCGAUGGGGAUGCUCCAGGCGCGCGUCGUCGUGCUUGUUCUCGCGGCGGCGGCGGCGGCCGUUGUGGUCGUCGUCGACGGCCAGAUGUCGCCGGCGUUCUACGACGCCUCGUGUCCGGAGCUGCAGUCCGUGGUGCGCCGCGGCAUGGCGCAGGCCGUGCAGAAGGAGGCGCGCAUGGGCGCGUCCAUCCUCCGCCUCUUCUUCCACGACUGCUUCGUCAAUGGGUGCGACGCCUCCGUCUUGCUGGACGACACGGCCAACUUCACGGGGGAGAAGAACGCCGGGCCGAACGCCAACUCGCUGCGCGGCUACGAGGUCAUCGACGCCAUCAAGGCGCAGGUCGAGGCUUCCUGCAAGGCCACCGUCUCCUGCGCCGACAUCGUCGCGCUCGCCGCCCGCGACGCCGUCAGCCUGGUCGGUACCCGCUUCUCCCUCUCCCUCUUUCUGGCAUCCUGGCCGGUGGCAUUACUAACGGUGGCCGCGUGCGUGCAGCUCGGGGGGCCGAGCUGGACGGUGCAGCUGGGCCGGCGAGACGGGCUCUCGGCGAGCCAGAACGCGGCGAACGCCAACCUGCCGCCGCCGGACGCGAGGCUCCCCGACCUCCUCGCCAGGUUCAGCGACAAGGGCCUGGACGCGCGCGCCCUCACCGCGCUGUCCGGGGCGCACACCGUGGGCUGGGCACGCUGCACCACCUUCCGCACGCACAUCUACAACGACACCGGUAACGAGGCCGUGGACGCCGCCUUCGCCACCCAGAUACGCGCCAAGGCCUGCCCCUCCGCCGGCGGCGACGGGAACCUCGCGCCGCUCGAGCUGCGCGCCCCCGCCGCGUUCGACAACGGCUACUUCCAGGACCUCGUCGCCCGCCGCGUGCUCCUGCGCUCCGACCAGGAGCUCUACGGGAGCGGCGUCGGCAACGGCAGCACGGACGCGCUCGUGCGCGCCUACGCCGCCAACGCCACGCUCUUCGCGGUAGACUUCGCCGCCGCCAUGGUGAGGAUGGGCAACCUGGCGCUCACCGGGAAGAACGGCGAAGUCCGGCUAAACUGCCGGCGAGUGAACUGAGCUGACUCAGUCGAUCAGUGAAUGAAUUCUUGAUGUGCGCAACGCAAAAAGCAUAAAGCUGUUCACAAAGAUACAAAAUGGGCACUGCUGUUCGUGCACUGGAUUUUCUGCCUUUCUCCCGUUUGGUUCGGGGUGAGCAGCUAAUAUCUGACCCGUGGCAAGAUCCUCUACGCAGGAGAACAAAAUUUAGCCAUUUUA